AUGGUCCAACUCACCGCUGUGUUCUUGUUCGCCUCAGUUUUGACUAUUGCAAUGGGGACGCCACUCAUAAAGAGAGACAUGGCAACAAUUCAAGCUGAUAUCACUAACAUCUCGUCGCUGCUUGUAACUUGGGAUAACGACGUCAACGCGUUCGCCGGUACUACUGACGGAGCUGCCGCCAUUCACGACGACAGUGUUGCCUUGGAGUCAGCCUUCAACACUGCUAUUACAGAUACCCAGGCUACUUCGAAUUUCUCCACUGACAUGGACGGCCUGCUCGUCCUCGGUCAAAUAGAGAACUCUUCUACCAUUCUCGUUGGUGGGCUAACUCAAAUUGCCGUGAAAGGAGCCAACUUUACCAGUAUCAAUGAAACGUCGGCCAUCAUGUCUGAUUUGGCUACUCUCGGAGCCGCAGCCACAGGAUUAAUCGCUGCAAUCGGCGACAUCAUCACUGAUCAAGAGGUGGUUGCUCAGGCCACCCAAUUGGAGACUACGUGGAGCGCUGCAUUUGGCGAUGCUAUCUCUGAUCUUCAAACCGGUCUUUAA